AUGACAACUACUUCAGAUCUUUCUUAUGAAGAUCGACUCAAAGAUCUUUCUAAUGAAGAUCUACUCAAAGUAGCAGACAGACUCCUACAGAUAAAAAACAUCUCUGAAUUUAGUUGUAACCAAAAAAGAAACAGACUGUUGAUUCAGUUUAGUAGGUUGUUAGGUAAUACGUACAAGAGAUGUUUUUUUGAGAAGAAGAAGCUUCCUUUGGUUCUUGACUUGGAUCACACCUUACUCCACUCCGUGAGAAUUUGUACUGUAUUAAAGGAUGAUCAAGAUUAUCUCAACAAGAAAGCAAUUGUUGUUUCGUCCGACAAUGAUAUCAAAGGUCUCGGUAGCAGUGGAGAUAAUUUGUAUAAUUACAGGGGAAUGUACACAAAAUUGAGGCCUCACACGAGAGAUUUUCUUAAACAACUCAGUGAUAGGUUUGAAGUAUUCGUGUACACGUUAGGCACAAGGGCUUAUGCACGAAAUAUGUGUAGAUUGCUUGAUCCAGAAGGUGUAUUCUUUAAGUCAAUAAAAUCAAGGGAUGACUCCACUUUUGAAGACAGAAAAAAUCUGGAUAUAUUGGCUGGACCUGACGAGAAGAACACAAUCAUAAUCGAUGAUAACAAGUAUGUCUGGGAAGAGCACAACAAUAACCUGAUAGAGAUUGAUGAGUAUAAAUUCUUUACUAAUGAUAAAGGUCACAUAUUAAAAAAGGGUGAAGAAGAAGUUGGUUUUGAUGAUAAAGAUGAAGCCCUAAAAUCAAUCUCCGAAGUUCUUCAAGGUGUUCACAAGAAUUUUUUUGAGUUGUUCCCCGUUCCACAGACUGAUGUUGAGCUUCAAGAAUAUACCAAGUCUGUAGAUGUAAGGCCAAUAUUAAAGGCGUAUCGUAAAUAG